AUGAAGCUUCUUUCACUCAUCCUCAGUCUCACAUUUGCAACAACUUGUCUUUCAGACAAAGCUCCCAAAAUCAAAAAGAACCCCAAAAACCUUGUUGCCAUUGCUGAUUUCCCAUUUGGUGGUGAUAAAAACAUCAAAGGAAACGUUGUCUUUACUUCAUCCGGCAAAUAUGUAAAUGUUCACGUUGACAUGACUGGUUUCCCCCAUGAUGAAGGCCCAUUCUAUUACCACAUCCACGAACGUUCGGUACCUGAAAAUGGCAAUUGUGAAGCUUGUGGAUUGCAUUUCAACCCAUACAAUUCCAGCCCUGACUGCUUGGCUCAGAAACAUAAUGGAUAUUGUCAAGUUGGUGAUUUAUCUGGAAAACAUGGUGCUAUAAAUAGUACUUGUUUUGAAUUCAAAUUCACCGAUCCUUACUUAUCUUUGAACAAGAGAUCAAAGAGUUAUAUUGUUGGAAGGAGUUUGGUUUUCCAUUAUGCAAACAUGUCAAAGUUGGCGUGUGCAGAUAUUGAAUUGGCAAAUGAUUUGCGUCUUCAAAGUUUGAUGGAUGAAUAUGUUCAGACUGACGAUACGGUACAAGUGCAACAGUUGAAACAAUCAAUGGAUCAUCAAAGUGACUCAUUUGAUGCUUUGGAAGCUUUGAGAAACGAAGUUUAUGAAAGUGAUAAUGAUGGUGAUGAAGAAAAAGAACAAGAAGGAAGCGGUGCUGUAUUGUUGCCACCAUCUUUGCAACAGGAAAUUAAAGAACCAAAGGCAGAAACCAAGCAGAAUAAUCAACAGGGAGAGAGUGUUGAAAACAACAAUAACCAAGACAGCAACGAUUCCCAAGAAGAUCUUUCCAAAUCAAAGAACUUCAAACAUAUCUUGCAAGACGUUAAAGUUUUACCACAAAAGUUGGUUAACAAGACCAAAAAUCAUUGGUCAAAAGAUGAUGAAAGCAAGUUUGGCAAAAAAAGUCUUGACAAGCUGAUCCAUCAUUCUUCAAUCCAUUCACCAAACUCAUCCGAAAUGAAAUUAUACCAAAAUCAAACUAAUGUCACCUUGCAUGGAAUUUCGCAAGAUUGUUCACCUAAUUCAGGCGCUUCCUUGUUUGCAGCAUUAUCGACUUCAUUCCUAUCUGCAUUGUUGAAUUCAUUAAUGGUUGGAUUCAUCAUUGUGCUGAUCAUUUGA